AGAACGCGCCUGCGGAGCUCGGAUGCAUGCAAAUUAUGUACGACCAGGAGGUGUUGCAUGGGAUUUACCCCUUGGAUGGCUUGAUGAUGUGUAUGAUUGGGCUGUGCAGUUCCCACAGAAGCUAGAUGCAAUGGAGGAUUUGCUAACUGAAAAUCGUAUUUUCUUGGCACGAACUGUUGAUAUUGGUAUUGUGAAAGCUGAAGAUGCCCUGCUUUGGGGCUUCUCCGGCGUUAUGCUUCGUGGUUCGGGUAUCAAGUGGGAUGUGCGCAAGGCGCAACCGUACGAUGCUUAUGAUCAGGUCGAUUUCAGUGUACCUGUUGGCGUGAAAGGAGACUGUUAUGACAGGUACGCACCACGUUCUAGGUACUUGGUAAGAAUGGAGGAAAUGCGUGAAAGCCUUAAGAUUGUCUUCGAAUGCUUGAAUAAAAUGCCAGCUGGUGAAGUAAGAAUCGACGAUCAUAAAGUGACACCUCCGAGGCGCACCGAAAUGAAGGUAAAUCGUUCACUAUGGUGGCUUGGACUGUCAGCAGAAUCCGUGGAUAUCCUUGGGAUGCACCCAGACAUUUAGUG